AUGGGGAAGGAGGGGUUGACUACCUGGCGAAGAGACGGCGAAGCCACCAUCCUCAUGUCUCCCAGGCGAACUCUCCCCCCGGGCCUCUUCCUCCUCCUGCUGCCCCUCUUCCUCCUCCUGCUGCUGGCUCCUCUCAGCUGGAGCUAUAGCAGCCUCGGCCCCGGCUGCCACCUCUUCCCGUUUAAUGUGACGAUCCGCAGUGACCUCAGGGGCACCUGCAGGGGCACGUACACGGUGCACGCCUGCGUGGGGUACUGCGAGUCCAGCGCCUUCCCCUCGCGCUACUCUGUCCUGGUGGCGUCCAACUUCACCCACAACAUCACGUCUGCGUCCCGCUGCUGCACCAUCAGCAGAGACACCAAGGUGAAGGUGCGUCUGGACUGUCCCCGUGGCCGUCGCCAUGACGAUAUCGAGAUCCUGACCGCACGUGCCUGUCGCUGCGACAUGUGUCGCAAGUCGCGCUACUGA